AUCAAUCGGUAGACUCGCAGAGUAGUUGAUCAGUAACCGAGGGGAAAGGAUACACAGCGUUUACGCAAGGGAAAGUCAAGGUGAUAAGGUGGACAGCGUGAACUUUUGAAUAAUUUUGUGGACUUAUUGGGACAAGAACGCGUGCGAAGCAGCCGUGACUUAGCAAGCUGCCAACGUCUCCAGACGCCCUCACAGCUGUAAAGUCAAACUUUAAAUUCAACUUUUAAAAUACAUCUCAAGACUGCCCAAAGGACAACCAUGCUCAAAGUGUGCCUCGUGUUGUUUUUAUUUGCCUCCGUUUAUUGCGAGUCGCAGGUGAGGGAGACAGAAACAUGGAUGCCCAUGAAGACCACACAAACAGUUGCCAUGUCAACACACUCAGAGGAUCUUGUGUCAUCAGGAGACUCCCAGAACGGCUCAGACUUUGGCUUCACUGACGAUGAAGAUGACGCCGAUGAUUAUGAGGGGUAUGACGACUACGACUUUUCUGGAUCUGGUGACAAAGAAACAACUGUACCAGACAGAAAGGACACCAAGCCGUCAGACAAGCCUGAUGUGAACGACAACAAGAUCCCAGAGGUGGAGCGCCCCGUGCGACCAACUGUCAACGAGGUGGACAUCAUCCAGAACAGCAAUGAAAUCCCCCUGCUGAGGAACGAGGCACAGCCCAAUGAGGACUACUCAUCCAACGUGCUGAUGUCCCACGCCAGCGAAGACAGCAUCUUCUACAAAACAGAGAUCCUCGCAGCUCUGAUUGCGGGCGGCGCCGUGGGGCUGGUGACGGCCGUGCUGCUCAUCCUCCUCCUCAUCUACCGCAUGAAGAAGAAGGACGAGGGCAGCUACGACUUGGGGAAGAAGCCCAUCUACAAGAAGGCUCCCACCACAGAGAUCUAUGCGUAGACCUUGACACCCCACUCAUCCCCAUCUAUCAUCCCUAGAAAACCCGGAUCUGGGCCAGCACCCGGCCUUACAGUGCCUCAUCAUGAUCAUCACACCCCCCCCUCCUCCACGUCCUCCUUUUUUUUUUUUUUUAUCCACAUAGUUGGGUCGACGGAGUGUUAACAAGAAAUCGGGAAAGAAGCCCCAACAACAUAAAUUGAUUGAUUGACUGACUCAGAGAUACUCACAAAACGGUGCUCUUGUUAACCAAUCAGAUGAUUUGUCCCUGUCUUUUGGUUCUUUCAAACAAGGAAAAGGAGCAGCAUGAGUUGGACCAUUUCAGCUGGCACAGUAGUGCGAUGCAAGAUUAUUUUUUAUCAAUAUCUUUUUCCUGCUAUUUUUAUUUCUUGCCCCCAUGUGUAAACAAAAAAAGAACUUUACCGUUGAGGACUUGGAGAAGCCCCCUGCCCCCUCCACCUCUUUCCCCACCCUCCAUUUUGUAACACUAACACUGUGCAAUGACGUUUUCUCAUUAUGGUACACAUUCACAGUCUGGUUAUUUAUUUUCCCCUCUCUGUUUUCUCCCCUUCCCACUCCUCCUUGUUUUUCCUCUGAACCUUGUUUUUGAACUCUGUUCUGGUGCUACAGCUUCCCACAGUACUGUAGCAAAUGAUUUUUAAGUUAAGCUUUUGUUUUCUUUCUUUUUUUUUUCUUUUUUCUUUUUUUUUUUUAAAGAAAUCCUUGUUAUGCAGAGAGAUGUCAGUUUUUCUAUUAAAGAUUCCUUUAUGAUGGCAAAGAAUUAAGCUCACGUUGUUGAAAUGAACUUCCCUACUGAUCUGAAAAUAUAUCACCAUAACGUAGUUUUUUUAGUCUCUGUCGAGGUACGAGCGGCCAUCUAGUACAACUGACAUUCGAUUAGGGUUAUUCUCACCAGUGGUCCUUAAUUUACCAUGAGAGAAAAGGCAUCACAGCUCUGAAAAGUUGGUCACAUUGUUCACUCCCAUCAAACCUGGGCCUCCGGGGUCUGUUUUUUAUUAUCAUGGUGAAUUGGACUAGACUCAAACCAACGUGCUCCUGCUGGUUGACACACCCACAUUCCACACACACACACACACAUACACAUACACACAGUGCUGAGUUGUGUGAAGGGAGCACAGAGUCAACAACUUGAUGGAUAUUUAGCUGUCGACCCUCUUUCAGAGUGAGAUUUAUGCGAAGCUUGGCCCAUAUCUAUCUGAGGUGUUUCGCUCCAUGCUCGAGCAUUGAGAUACACACUUAGCUCGCUGGUUCUUCACUCAUCCAUCAAGUGGUAAUGAGUCCUAGGCCCACAUCACCUAAAUGUCCACGACUGGAGACACCAGUUGUGUUUGGUUUCUGUGCUUUUGGAGCAAACUAAUAGUACAUUUACAAAAAAAUCUGCUGCUUUUCCAAUAAGCUACACGGACAGUUUGUUCAUUUUAUAUCUCCUCAUUAUCUGUGUGUGUCUCUAGGAGCAUUCGCCAGCCAAUAUGAAUUGGUUUGAUGCUCACUUUUCUCAGCUAAAUAAACUGUAUUUCAUAGCUGUAGUCACAGCACAUAGACUGGUCUACCAAGGAUUUGUAAAUAGCCAUUGGGGUAAAGAAAAAAGAAAAAAAAAAACAUAUUAAACUUGGUACUUAGCCACAUCCUGGCAACAAAAAAAAAACUUUUAUCUACCAAAUAUUUAAAUGCCAAAUUGUUUUGCUUUUUAUUUUUUAUUGUUUUCUCCCCACACAUAACGUUUCAUUAUUUCAUUUUAAUGUGAUUUACUGUAAAUGCUUGGAAUGAAAGUGGGCACUCUCCACAUCUGGUUUCAGCCGAGUGGAGAAAGCUGUGUUUUGAUACUACCAAUGCUAAUACUAACUUUCAUCCUCUCCUCAUUGUUCUCCAGUGUUUUAUUUUUCCAUCAGUAGAUCAACUUGUUCCCUUUUUUUUGUAUUAAUUUAACUGUCAAAAUAUUUUAUUGCCUUCUUUCAGGUUGGGGUUUUUUCCCCCUUUUAAGCUGUUGUAUAUGUGAUUUUAAAAGUUUUAUAUACACUAGUUUGAGAUUUUCAGAAGCAAAUAGUUUUGAACCUUUUUUUUUUUAUUUUGUAAGAGUUUCUAUUAUCUUUUAGACUUUGUUGUUUUGAAGCGCUCUGUAUUUAUGUUUUGUUCCUUUUUUUUUUUUUUUUGUAGAAGGAUUGCUUAUGUGGUCGGUGUUACUCGUUCGUUUGUUCGCCGUUCAGGGGACGUAGUGCCGAUGAGCCAUGUUGUCAGUGGCAGACCUGGGUUCAUUACUAGUUGAAACUGUGUCAAGUUACUGUGUCAGUGUUUCCCCGCAGGGCAGGAAACUCACUUCUGUACAUUUAAUUUUGUUUGUUGGUCAGUUUCAUUUCUUUAGCCGCCAGGAGAGGCUGAACACAGGUUGGCUCGCCGGCAUGUGGAACUGAAAGUAUUACUUGCCACAGCCAUUUUUUUUUUCAUUUUCAAAGUCUUUCCAUCUUGACAAAAAAUUUUUUUUGUUUAAAAAAAAAUCGGGAAAAUACUGAUACGUGUGGUUUGCUUCAGUCUGCCAUUCGUUGCAGAUGGGCAGGUUUUAUUUGAUUGUUUCCAACGUGUUAGUGAGAAUCAGCCGAAUCUGGAAAACUAUUAGGAUGCGUAGCAAAUUCUAAUCUUUUGAAGUAUCCAGAGCGAUUGGUUUGAUCUGCACGGACGGACAGAGUUUGAAUUUUAUGAUUAGAUCCAGACAGUUACUCAGUUGCAGCAAUUGAAUUCAUUUCAUUGUGUGUAUCGGAGGGGAAGGGGGGGUGGGGGGAGUCCAACUGGUUUGACUGUCUCAGCCAAGCUCAGUCGAUGCCAGAGAAGCAGUUGAAUGCAUUUCAAAUGGUAAUUGGUCCCAGGUCUGGUCAGUUAGCAUGGGAGAGAUAUGUUCUGCUGCUUAAUGUCACAAACACCACAUGUGAAUCACCAAUGGAGUGGAGAAGCCAAUGAAUCAUUGGUUUCUGCAUGCAGGUUCUGAUUUAUUAUUGGAAAUAAAGCUAUUUUUAUGCACAUUAACAUUUUAAAA